AUGAGCCGAAUUCCAUACAUAUGCAUGGUGUGGAGUGGUGAAGAACACAGAAAGGUGCUGCAGAUGCAUCAAAAGUACGGCGAAGUGGUCCGACUAGCCCCUGACGAACUGUCGUUUUUGACACCUCAAGCUUGGGACGAUGUUAUGGGACAUCGGAAGUUAGAACAAGAGGAGAAUGGAAAAGAAAACUGCUACGCCGGCAGCAUGGGCAAUAGUAUUGUUGCUAGCAAGCGCGCUGAUCACGGGCGGCUACGACGGGUCUUGUCACAUGGAUUCUCGGCGCAAGCAAUGCUGAAGCAAGAACCCAUCAUGCGGAAAUACAUCGACCUUUUCAUCAAGCGCCUCUACGAAGUCGGUAACGAGGGUGAAAAGCCUGUUAAUCUUAUGAGGUGGUACAACUUCUGCACAUUCGACAUCGUUGGUGACCUGGCUUUUGGCGAGCCCUUCGAUUGCUUAACGAAAUCCGACUACCACCCGUGGGUGGCGCUUAUUUUCGACAGUAUUAAGUUCAUGGCUAUAUCAAUAGCAAUGAAACACCUGCCUUUCGUCUACGACAUUCUCGAAAAGUGUAUUCCGAAAGAUAUACGCCAGAAAGAUGAGGAAAGGAGGGCAUUGUCCCACGAAAGAGUCUUGAGACGCAUCAAUUCAGGCGCGCCUCGACCAGAUUUCACAGAAUCGAUGGUGUCGAGAAAAGAUGACCAGAAAAUGUCACCUGUUGAGAUCCAGGAAAAUGCCGAAAUUCUCAUCAUAGCUGGUUCCGAGACUACUGCGACUACAUUGUCUGGUGCCACGUAUCUUCUCGCCACCAACCCGAGAUGCUUGGCCAAGGUGUACGAAGAAAUACGCUCUUCGUUUCAGAGUGAAGCAGACAUCAACAUUGUCAACACAUCUAAGCUGGAAUAUACUCUGGCCGUUCUGGAAGAAACGCUCCGUAGAUACCCACCUGUGGCAGCUUGCACACCGCGGCAAACACCGCCGGGAGGAAACAUGAUACUUGGUGAAUACAUUCCAGCCAAUACAGUCCUUGGGGUCUGGCAUUGGCCCAUGUACCAUAGUGAAACCAAUUUCAAACGGCCCUUUGACUUCUGCCCUGAACGUUGGCUUGGUGAUCCUGAAUUCAACGAUCGGAAGGAAGCUUUCCAGCCUUUCUCAUUCGGGCCUAGAAACUGCCUGGGACGCAACCUGGCAUACGCCGAAAUGCGCACAAUCUUAGCCAGGUUGAUCUGGAAUUUUGACAUCAAACUUGCGGAUGGUUGUGACAAUUGGAUGAAUAAGCAGAAAGUAUGGAACUUAUGGGACAAGCCGGAUUUACAUGUUUACCUCACGCCGAGAAUGAAGUCUGCCACUGAAGGACUAGAGGGAUUCGAAAAGCUCAUCAUGGGGAUUUGCACGAGUAAACAUGCGUCCUUUAACCUCGACAAGGAUAUACCGCCGCUUUUCGGAAAGGUGAUCUUGGUGACUGGUGGCAAUACAGGACUUGGGAAAAAGUCCAUCAUCGAGUUUGCGAAGCAUCAUCCGUCCGAAAUAUGGAUGACAGCUCGAGAUCAUGUCAAAGCACAAUCGGCGCGGCACGACAUACAGAGAGAAGUCCCCGGUGCCAUAGUCCGCAUUCUGCAGCUCGAUCUCGCCUCAUUGGACUCGGUCAAGGCAGCGGUCCGAACUUUCCUAUCAUCAGCUAAACGUCUCGAUAUUCUACUUCUGAACGCAGGCCUCGGUGGAAGCCCUCCAGCCACGACGCUCGAUGGCUACGAAAUAUUCUUUGGCACAAACCACCUUGGACAUGCAUUGCUCACGAAGUUGCUCAUGCCAUUAAUGCUCAACACUGCCGCCUUGAACCAGGAAAUCGAUAGUGAGGACAUAAGUAAAUGCAAUAGCCAGGCAUCAGACGUGCGCAUCGUCAUUCUGACUUCUGCCAUGAUGAGCUGCGUUCCCGAGGGUGGCAUCCAAUUCGACAAGCUCAAAGGUACUCAAAGCGACAUCGGGACGUCCUUCACACAUUAUGGUCAGAGCAAGCUCGCCAAUGCUCUCUUUGCAAGAAGGCUUGCCAGAGAGUACCCACAGCUAACAGUCACGGCUGUGCACCCAGGGAUAGUCAAGACGGGCAUCGAGGACAAGACUGCUCAGCAUAAUGUGUGGGCUAAGUUGUUGCUGCCACUAGCAAGUCCCUUCAUGUUGGUCGUAGAUGAAGGUGUAAAGAAUCAGCUUUGGGCUGCCACUUCCGAGGAUGUUAUCAGUGGUGAAUAUUACGUUCCGGUCGGCGUCACGGGCAAGCUACCUAGGCUUGCUGCAGACGGUGAGCUGGCGGAGAGGCUAUGGGAAUGGACUGAAAGCGAGCUCAGAAGCCACAACUUAGAUUUAUGA